AUGGCUCUGUGGUUUCUGCUCUCACUGACUUUCGCCGUAGUUUCGGCGGAGCGCUUUGAUGCAUAUGUCAAGGAUGCACAGAGGAAGAAACUGUUUAUGCAGCACGGCAACGACCAGUUGCGGGCCGCUGUUAAAGAGGUCGAGGAGCAAAACGAGGACAAAGUUGUGCUGUACCAUGUGUUGCCGCUGAGCGGCUACCUGAUGGCCUGGCUGGUGCAUGGCAUCACGGCCAAGGAGAGCCUGGCGUGGAGGAACAUACCGGGAGUUUCUGCUGAACUGAAAAUCAGUCUCCGCCACUUUGAGCCUGGCAUGAGCUUCACCUCUUUCACCCGGCACAAUGCCUCGAUUUGUGGGAAGAGGUCUCCGCGAAAGCUGCGAGAAGCCGACCCAAGGAAGGCGGAGAUCCUCGGCGACGGGGACUGGAGCAACCGCUGGACCAUGCCCCCAGAUAUGAAAGAUUGGAAAGACUUCGAAGCUUAUUCUGAGUUGGUCGAGGACAACAACAAGAACGGUCCCCUACUGGAGGAAACAGCCCUGGCAGAUGCGCAUGUCAACACAGGGAAGCAGUUCGCUGAGUACUUGGACGCUAAGGUCGGUGAGAAGUGGGAGGACAUGCCCUCUUAUUGGAACGGGAUGUCGACAGUAGGUGUUCCGGAUAGACUUCUCGAUGCACAGAUCAACUUGCUCGGCAGUGCAUUCAUCGGCGCGAAGCAACUCGGGACACCAAGCAUGUGGGAGCACUUCACACUAUGGAAAACGCCAGCGAAUGACUUGAUGAAACACGACGAGCUGGAAUAUAUUCGCGGGCCAGAGUUUGGGGGCAGACCGGCUUUGCUUGAUCAAGUGCUUGGCUCCUUCAAACUUUCACCGGUGUCACUGGGCCAGCCCUGGGGGACACUCCAGAAGGUUUCCAAUCUGCUGUCCUUGCUCAGAUGCGCAGCACUGAUGCGCUUUCCGAUCAUAUCGCAAGACUUUCAUGAGAGGACUGAACUCAUGAGCAAAUGCUGGGAAGGAGAUCGCGCACCCUUCCCACCGGACUUGCAGAAGAUGAACCUGGAUCAUGUGGCAAGUAAGUGGACCAAGGAUGCGGCCAUCCGCCUCCAAAAUGGUGGCCUACCGACCCCAGAGCAGACGAGAGGCUUCGCCAGGGUUCUCUUGCAAGUGGUGCUGCCGCCGGACUCGGCCAAUGACUUGGCCUAUGUCAGUACUGAGUGGAAAUCAGAGCGGACGGCCCCUCGAGCCGGCCACCAGCAUAAGGAUUGGAGAGAUGUCAGCUUCAUGGAUGCCUACAAAUUGUUGAAGAAUACGGCGCAAGGUGACGAGGUCACGGCACGGGUGCUCGUGAAGCGGGGCUGGGGUCUUGCACCCUUCGAUAUGAGCGAGUCCGUGAAGAUCAUUGCCACUUCCACGGCCUUUGCCGACCCGGAUUUUAUGGAGUUCGCGGCGAGUGUUCUAGAGGACAUCCGGAAUUGUGUACUGCAACACCCAAAGAAAAAGAAAGACGAGAGCUCACCGUGGCCAUCUCGGAUCCUGACAAUCGUUGUGCUGGUGCUAUGUCUUGGGGUGCUCCUGCCCUGUUUUCAGUACAGGCGCCACCACCUGAGGGCAACAACUGCAGCUAUGACAGAUGUCGAGCUUCCCGAGCAUCCACUGCAGGCCUGA